CUGCUUUCGAUACUCGAGGCCGAGAACCAUCAUGCUGUGCACCGGUGCAGGGGUGGGCGGAGCUUGGGUACUGAAACGGUACCCGGGGCAGUGGCAUCUGAGAGGUCAGAGAGCCGCUGUCACAGUUCCCACACGCUGUCAACCUACCCGAUGCCUCGACUUGCAUUGUCUGGUCUUAUAGAUUGCCCCUGUCAUCGCCUCGUGGUGCAUUUUCCCCACACUCUGCACGCAACGUUGUAUCGCUCCCCGCAAUUCGGCAAUCGCGACAUCUGCUCGCAAGGUCGCGUAAAUGAAUGCCGGGGCGGACGCGACAAAACCGAGGAACUUGUACAGCUGGGUUGCCCGUUGUUGUGCUUUAUGCUCGCUCUCGUGUUAGACGGUAAGGUUUGCCCAAUGUCUCACGCUCCGCCCUGGCCCUUCAGGGCUCAUCUCGGCUAUUCUCGCGACCGUUCAAAACGAACUUCUCCGCUUCUUGAGCUGCAACCGUUCACACCGCACUGCCCGUGUGACGCAACCUCGAAGGCUGGUAAUACUCCGGGCGCUCGGUUCACGUGGCUCUCAAAGAGGUCGAGCACCGUAGCUGAAUUGGGAAGCAGACGCGCCCGAUUGGCCGCAACUCCAAUAUCGCUACCAGACUAGAGGCCAUACUGGAGCAAGCAACAUCUGUUUUGCUAGGAUGGUCCAAACUUUGUGUAAACAAGUUGCCAGCAUUGCUCCGG